CGAAAAUCGAUAUGUUAUGGCUGGUGGGGAAAGUAGUUGGAAAAAUGUUCAACUUAAAGUGGUGCGAGCUUAAAAUUUUGGAAAAUAGUUAAAAUUUUAAUUAUCAUGUGUAGUACAGUGUUAUCCUAUACAUAUUUUUUAGUAGUUUUUCAUUUAGUAGUAGGAUGUUACGCCUCUAUUGGCGAUCGUACACAAUUUUUCCACAAUUGUCGUCAAAACUGCGAACGACAAAACUGCAGUGCUGAUGGGAUUGAGAUUCAAGAGCAGGCCGUAAAGUAUUAUCAACAGUCGAUUUUUGACAAGGCGUUUGCAUGGAAUUGUGCAGACGAGUGCCAAUACGGUUGUAUGUGGCGUACAGUGGAUGCUUUUGAAGAGCGUGGUUGGGAUGUGCCACAGUUUUAUGGAAAGUGGCCAUUUGUGCGCUUUCUCGGCAUGCAAGAACCGGCUUCGGUGUUGUUUUCUGUAUGUAAUUUGGUUGUGCACAUUCGUAUGUUGCGCCGCUUUCGUACUGAAGUGCGUCCGGAUAGUCCAUGCUUUAAGUUAUGGCACAUAUUCGCAUUUGUGUGCAUAAACGGUUGGAUAUGGUCGAUAGUAUUUCAUACAAGGGAUUUCCCCGUGACGGAAUUAAUGGAUUAUGCUUUUGCUUAUAGUAUUAUACUUGUUUCACUUUAUUGUAUGGUCAUGCGGAUGUUAUAUCGUCAGUCGCUGAUAUUACGUGGCUUAAUUUCAUUAAUAUUUCUGUCGUUCUUCGUAAAUUACUUUGCGUACCUGAGCUUAGGCAAAUUUAGUUACUCUCUGAAUAUGACAACAAACAUUGUUACUGGUGCUUUAUCUGCGCUGGGUUGGUUUAUUUGGUGUUAUUUGGAACGUCAACGGCGACCACAUUAUCGAAAAAUUAUACGGUUUUAUGUACUCUUCGGUAUGUCUAUGAGUUUAGAACUAUUGGACUUUCCACCAAUUUUGUGGCUACUAGACGCACACGCUUUGUGGCAUUUGACAACAGUUCCAGUCAUUUCGCUGUUUUAUGAUUUUGUAAUUGACGAUUGCCGCAUUCUACGUAAGGAAAAGCAAUUUGAGAGCGAAAAGCUUGGCAAACACAUCUGAUGAGUUCACGUUUAGGCUAAUUAUUACAAUAAUAAUUUUGUGAUUAUGACACGCUGCUUUUUUCACAUAACGGGAUUUUAGUCAAAUUUUAUUCUACAAACUUAAGAAACAAAGUCGUAAAAGUAUUUUUAUUACAUAUAAUUAUCAUGUAUCAAAUUUUUUUAAUAAUAAGUAUAAAAUACCACACUUUC